AGUGGCGUACAGUUGCCAUGGCGACUCCUCGUGACGCAUUUUUCCCGCGACGCCUCAACCCGGAAGUGACCGCCCCCCGCUCCGCUCAGCGUGGCCAACAUGAAGCCCAUCCUGCUGCAGGGCCAUGAGCGCUCCAUCACGCAGAUCAAAUACAACCGCGAGGGAGACCUGCUCUUCACCGUGGCCAAGGAUCCCAUCGUCAACGUGUGGUACUCGGUGAACGGCGAGCGGCUGGGCACCUACAAUGGGCACACGGGGGCCGUGUGGUGUGUGGAUGCCGACUGGGACACCCGGCACGUGCUGACGGGCUCUGCCGACAACAGCUGCCGGCUCUGGGACUGCGAGACAGGGAAGCAGCUGGCCCUGGUGAAGACCAGCUCUGCCGUCAGGACCUGCGGCUUCGACUUUGGGGGCAACAUCAUCAUGUUCUCCACGGACAAGCAGAUGGGCUACCAGUGCUUCGUCAGCUUCUUCGACCUGCGGGACCCCGCCCAGAUCGAGAACAACGAGCCCUACAUGAAGAUCCCCUGCAGCGACUCCAAGAUCACGAGUGCCGUGUGGGGCCCGCUCGGCGAGUUCAUCAUCGCGGGCCACGAGAGCGGGGAGCUCAACCAGUUCAGUGCCAAGUCAGGGGAGCAGCUGUCAAACAUCAAGGAGCACACCAAGCAGAUCAACGACAUCCAGACUUCCAGGGACAUGACCAUGUUCAUCACAGCCUCCAAGGACAACACGGCCAAGCUCUUUGACUGCACAUCCCUGGAGCACCUGAAGACGUUCCGGACGGAGCGACCGGUGAACUCGGCCGCCCUGUCCCCCAUCUUCGACCACGUCGUGCUUGGUGGUGGGCAGGAGGCCAUGGAUGUGACCACAACCUCCACCAGGAUUGGCAAAUUUGAGGCCAGGUUCUUCCACUUGGCCUUUGAGGAGGAGUUUGGCAGAGUGAAGGGUCACUUCGGUCCCAUCAACAGCGUCGCCUUUCACCCCGACGGGAAGAGUUACAGCAGUGGGGGUGAGGAUGGCUACGUCCGCAUCCACUACUUCGAUCCCCAGUACUUCGAGUUCGAGUUUGAAGCCUGAAGGAGGAUUUCCCUCUCCUCUCCUCCUCCUCUUUCUCCUCCAACCCCUUGCCCAGUCAGCCCAUCAGCUCUGUCGUGGGGCUGUUGUAAGGCCUGAAGUUCUCCUGCUGCGUUUUGGGGGUUGUGUGAAGGUGGGGAAGUGGAAACUCAGCCAGCUCCGAAGGGCAGGAAUGGCUUUUGUGGGAAGGCAGCUGGGUUGGCUGCCUGCCUGCCCCGGGGGCUUCCUGCCUGCUGGGCAUAUUUAUACAUCAGGGGAGGGAAAAAGUCAUCAGGAAAUAAAUAGAAAUCUUUUCUAAACACAAGGAAAA